AACACAACUGUAUAAGACACAAACACCGAACUUUUGUCAUUACAGAUCGAUGAGAUUUAACUUCUGUCAUUAGUCCAUUACACCAUUACAGGUGGAUUAGAUUUAACUUCUGUCAUUACAGAUCGAUGAGAUUUACCCUGAAAAGUUUAGGAAUAGUUGGUCGAGGAGGCAUAUUUUUAGUAAUAUUCCAAAGGUGCCCUCCAAAUCUCCCAUUGAUCCAAGCUGGUUCCUCUUAGGCUCCACCCUAGCAAUUUGACUAGCCGUCAAAAUUUGAUUGGUUGGGAGGAAAAAGUCAAAGGAGGAAGAAAAUUCAACAAUUCCCAUUUCCAAGCAAUCAAAUCCUGACAUGUCACUAUUUAACAUUGCAUUUCUUAUCUCCACACAACCCCCAACCUCUAAGAAAAGCCCUAAUUCACCAAUCACAUAUUCACCACCCAAUUUUUCUUGUCAUCAAUUCACCCAUCACAAAUUUCUUUAUUUUCUUUGAUUUUUGUCCCAAAAAGAUUCAAACUUUAUUAAUUUCAAAACAACCCAAAAGAAGUAAGUGCUCCCCCUGCAAUGAUUUUACCCCAAUAAUUCACCUUCACUCACCAAAAAAGAAAAAGAAAAAAAGAAAAUUUCUUAUUAACUUGAGCUGCCCAGACCACAGAUAUGCUGGAAACUGCAGUGUUGCUGGAUAAUCCGGGCGGCGGCGCGGUGGCGGAGCCGAAGAAUGACGGCGGAGGCGGCGGCGGAGGAGGCGGGGAAGAAGAGGGCGGCAACCAGAACUCCGGUGGCAACCGGUGGCCGCACGAAGAAACGCUCACUCUGCUCAAGAUUCGCUCUGAAAUGGACCUCGCAUUUCGUGAUUCAACGCUCAAAGGCCCUCUCUGGGAUGAAGUUUCAAGGAAAAUGGAGGAGUUUGGGUAUCAUAGAAGCGCUAAAAAGUGCAGAGAGAAAUUUGAGAAUAUAUACAAAUAUCACCGGAGAACGAAGGAGGGCCGAUCCGGGCGGCAAACCGGGAAAAACUACCGAUUCUUUGAGCAGCUGGAGGUUUUCGACGCCAUGCAGGGCGGCGGCAACAAGAUCUCCGGCGACGACGCGGCGGAAUUGGCGUCUCCGACGCCGGUGGCGAUGAUAAAGCCCAACACCAACAUAGUGCAGGAUUUCCGAAUCGGCUUCGGCGGCGCCGACGUCCUGUCGGCGUCGACGUCGACGACGUACUCCUCCGGGAAAGAUUCCGGCGGGAGCUCGGCGAGGAGGAGGAGGGAGAGGAAGCUAGCGGGGUACUUCGAGAAGCUGAUGAAGGAGGUUCUAGAAAAACAGGAAAAUCUGCAUAAGAAGUUUCUAGAAGCGAUAGAGCGGUGCGAGAGCCAGAGAAUGGCGAGAGAAGAAGCCUGGAAGAAACAAGAAAUCGAAAGGCUAAAGAGAGAACAACAAUCCCUCGCCCAAGAACGCGCCGUCGCCGAGGCAAAAGACGCCGCCGUCAUCGCUUUCCUGCAGAAAAUCGCAAAACACCCAAUCCUCGUACACGUCGAACAACAACAAUCUCAGAACCUCGUACACUCCGAACAACAACCUCAGAAACCUCAGUCCGAGGUUCUAGAACCUCAGAACAACAACAACAACGGUUCCGCAGGAGAAACCACCCCAAGCUCAUCCAGAUGGCCUAAAUCAGAAGUGGAAGCCUUGAUUCGAAUCAGAACAAAUCUGGACCUUCAAAACCACGACAGUGGAUCAUCAAAAGGCCCUUUAUGGGAAGACAUUUCAGCUGAAAUGAAAAAGAUUGGAUAUGAUAGAAAUGCCAAAAGAUGCAAGGAGAAAUGGGAGAAUAUAAACAAGUAUUACAGGAGAGUUAAAGACAGCAAUAAAAGAAGGCCAGAGGACUCAAAAACCUGCCCAUAUUUCCACAUUCUUGACUCCCUCUAUCAAACCAAAUCCCGAAAACUUGAGUUAAGUCCCGCACCAGAUCUCCCCAACUUCAACCUCAAAGCCGGGGAAAUGUUACUGCAAAUCAUGACCCAAAACCAGCCCGGGAAAGAGGACGGGGAAAGAUCAAACAACGCCCAUCAAGCCCAAGAACACGACGAAGAUGAAGAUGUAGAUGAAGAUAAUAGCGAGAGCGAAGAUGGGUUCCAGAUUGUUGCCAACCAACCUUGAGGUUAAGGUAAAAAUUCGAAAUUUUUUGCCCAAAACCGUGGCACCUUAAUAUGCAUAUUCAAUCAUAUACCAUACAUUGUUGGGUAAAUAGUGAUACAGAAUAGGUGUUAAGAAGCUGUUUUGCAUAUUCCCUGUCCUUUGUGUCUUUACAAGUUGAAAUUGGUCAGUUUGUGUUUGUUUGUAGUUUGUACCCCCUUCCCCCCAAGUACAGACCUAAAUCUCAUUGAUUGCUUCUUUAUUUAUUGCAAUAAAAGCAUCCACAGUGGUGAAAUACUUCAAAUUUUGGCAUGUAAGUUGUGUAUCGUUUUCAGACAAAACAGAUUCUUGAUUGUUGAAAAGUUUAGCAGACAACAUUGUCCUAAGACAGGGACAAACACAAGAAUGAUUGUAUCUACCA